GAUGGUGCUGAAAGAGGAGAGUCAAGAACUGAAUGAAAUGGAAGAGAAAGAUCAUCAUGGUGUAACUGGAGAAAAAUCUUUUAGUUGCUCACAGGCUGAAAAGACUUCCUCAAGAAAAAAGGCUCAAAAGAUAGAAAGUAGUAGUUAUUUCUCCUGCCAACAGUGUGGAAAGUGUUUCAGUCAAAAAGCAGGUAUUAAAAGACACAUGAAAGUUCACACAGGAGAGAAGCCUUAUGCCUGCCAUCAGUGUGGAAAGCAUUUCAGUCAAAAAGUAACUCUUAAAGCACACGUUAGAAUUCACAAUGGAGAGAAGCCUUACACGUGUCCUCAGUGUGGAAAGAGUUUCACUCAACUUGGAAACCUUGGAGUCCACAUGAGUGUUCACACUGGAGAGAAGCCUUACAAAUGCCAACAGUGUGGAAGAAGUUUCAAUCAGAAAAGAAACCUUAAUUGCCACAUGACAGUUCACACUGGAGAGAUAAUUUUAAUCUGCCAACAGUGUGGAACAAGUUUCACUCACAAAGGAAGCUUUAACAGACACAUGAGAAUUCACAAUGUAGUGCAGGCUUACACAUGCUCUCAGUGUGGAAAGAGUUUUGAUCAACAUGAAAACCUUAAAGUCCAUAUGAGAACUCAUAGAGAGAAAACCUACACAUGUUCUGAGUGUGGAAAGAGUUUCCGUCAAAAACGGCACUUUGAAGACCACAUGAGAAUUCACUCUGGAGAGCAACCCUACACGUGUCCUCAGUGCGGAAAGAGUUUCAAUUACAAACAACACUUUGAAGACCACAUAAGAACUCACACUGGAAAGAAGCCUUUCACAUGCCAACAAUGUGGAAAAAGUUACAACCGAAAAGGAAGCCUUAACAGGCACAUGAGAACUCACACUGGAGAGAAGCCUUUCACAUGCCAACAAUGUGGAAAAAGUUACAACCGAAAAGGAAGCCUUAACAGGCACAUGAGAACUCACACUGGAGAGAAGCCUUUCACAUGCCAACAAUGUGGAAGAAGUUUUAACCGAAAAGGAACCCUUAACAGGCACAUGAGAACUCACACAGGAGAGAAGCCGUUUACAUGUGGUCACUGUGGAAAGAGUUUCAGAUAUAAAGCAGCCCUUAAGUACCACAUGAGUUUUCACAUAUGAAAGAACUGUAUUUUAUGUCAUCAGUGUGGAAUUGUGGAAAGUCUCACAGACAGGAAACAUCUUAGGAAUCAUGUAAUUGCAGAGAGAAGCCUUUACUGUGCUAACACUGUGGAAAGACUUGCAGAAACAAGCCAAUCGUGUUCAAAAUACCUGAUCAGCGGAUUUAGACCUUGUUUACACCUGGGUUUAAAAUGUGUUUUGGUUGAUCAGAUCACAAAUACUCCAUAUCACCGUCUCUUGUCCACUUUCGGCCACUUCUGUCCCCAUUUUUUCAAGGGGAGGGCCAAUGGGUGGGUAAAUGCAUGGGAUUUUUCAGAUCUUUUGAUCAAAUGCUAUAAAAUACGUUCUCACAAUAUACAUAUAAACGCAAAAUAAGGCAAUGGAAAAAGAUAAGGAGAGCAGCAGCUUUCGUUUCUUCUCUGAUAGCUGCAAAACCACACCAAACGCUGUGUUUGCAUGUUAGAAUUGAGGAUUGGUGGAGAACAUUGUGC